CUCAAAUGUCAAACGCGACUAUUUCGUCAACAGAGUCGUGGCGCGAUAGUUGGAUUUUAUAAAAUAAUAACAAAUACUAAAACAGUGUACUUGUCAAACAAUGGAUUCUAGACGGUAGGAGUCAGUAUAUUAUUUUGCGUCGGACGUUUUAUUAGCCAGUGGUUGGAACACAACGACUGAUUAUAUACAUACCGCGAUACGUUUCUUAUUGAUUUUCGUGUUCUUCGCCGGUUUUUGUAACUUUAUGAAGUUUUUGUACUACGUUUAAGGUCUGAAGGAAAUAGUUUUUACGUAAAUAAGUUUUAAUUGUGUUGUAUGUUGUCACUCCACGGUGAAACAUAAGGACAUCGACUGUUUAUUGUGAUACGCCGUGAGAAUCAAGCUUGGGUUACCAUGGAGAAGAUAGAAUCCGCGCUGGACGUGCUGUCGCGCGCAGCCACGAUGGUGCAGCCUUGCCCUGCCUACCCCGCCAGUGAUUCCGACAGCUUUGAGACUCCAAGCACAGCGUCCAGCGGGGAGUCGGAGGGCGACCGCACGCUGUCGCCGGAGACGCCGCGCGCGCAGUCAAAGGAGCUCACAGGCAAAUGGAGGAGGGAACGUCGAUCGACCCGCUUGCCUGAUUAUAGACCGAAGGAGAAUUGCAAGAUGGCGUUGCGUUCUCAGUCGUUUAACGAGCGACGCGCCGCGCCAGCCGUGGCCCGCGCGCAGCCGCACAGCGACGGCGAGCUGUCUGAUGAAGUGGAGGAUUCCUCCGCCAUCAAUUCGAAAGCUCCGCCGGAGUAUCCGGGCAAGCAUGAGGCGCCGAUCGACAUGCGGUUGAGGUCGCGUCCCGCGCCGCCGCCCUACGCACGACCCACUGUCAUCAAGACCAACGACACGCCGCCCGGUUCAAUGUCGAUGUGCGAUCCAGUCAUAGACGAGCACUUCAGACGUUCUCUGGGCGACGACUACAUGAAUCUAUUCAAGAAGAACACGGAACAAGUACAGCCCGGACCUAAACCUAACACAAAGGAUAGAGCGAGCAGUCCAAUACAAUUCAAACCUGAAGAACCUAAAUCUACUAAAAUCAUAGCAAUGGAAGUUGAUGAUGCCAGUAUGUCGGUGGAUGAUCAUUUCGCGAAGGCAUUAGGUGACACGUGGCGUCAGAUACAAACAUCAAGACAAAAGGAAGACAAGCCACAGUCCAGCAAAGUCGUCGACGAUCACUUCAGCAAAGCAUUAGGAGACACGUGGAAGAAAAUACAGACAUCGAAGCAUCUAGAAGAAAAACCUAAAGACCAAAAUAAGAUAAUCUCUAGGAGUGGGGUUGUGAUAUAAUAAGUUGGGUCUGAUAGAACUGGUCCAGUCUUGUCUUUCGCGUAAUGCGAAGUCCGUCUUGUUUGAGGAAUAAGUAUUUAUCGUUGGUCUUUGAAUCCAUGACAAUUAUGUUACCUUACGGUUAUGGGAUAUUUUAGCGUGGGUUUCCGAUUCAAAAGUUUGUUACUUUCUUGUCACAACAAUAUUCAUAAGAUAUAGGAUUUUUUUUAACUCUUCUUGUACUGUAUGUGAAAUUUGAUUCACUAUGUAAUAUUGAAAAAAAUCAUAUUUCGUGUACAUUUAUGUAUAUUUGUUUUGCUGAUAAGGUAUAACCAAUUUUUUUCUAUUGUCUGUAUGUCUGUUAGCAAGGCUCCAUUUGUUCUGGUAAUCUCCAGAACGAGUGGACUGAUUUUGACCGAAAGAUGCACAUAUUAUAAGCUUUUUUUCUGCACUGAUGAAGUCGCGGGCGACCGCUAGUUUAUAUUGUAAAGUUGUGUUUAAUUGAAAGAUAUUCAUUUGUAUAUAACCAUUUUAUCUUGUCGGGAAUCCAGCGCGUUAAAAUUAUUUUUAAUAUUAAUGAUAAAAAUUCGAUGUAGUCAAUUAUUAGUCACCAGUUACACGAUAAGUUAUUACCUCAAUUUUAUG